AUGUUCCGACGCAGCCACCAGCUCCUCCGGACUUUCGCGCGUCGCAGCGUCGCGUCUUCCUCGACGUCUGCCGCUCGUUUUCUGCACGCACCGUCUCUGAUACAUUCCGCAUUAGCCACUGUAAAAUCUCGCAUCAAUUCGCCCUUCUCGGGUCGUCGUGGUGCAUGGCGUUCCAUGUUUAUUCAGACGGAGCCGACCCCGAACCCGCAGAGCGUGAAAUUCCUUCCAGGACGCGUUUUAUUGGACGAUCGGUUUACGACCGGCGUGGAUUUUACACCAAAUUCCGACGAAAUUCGUCGCUCGCCAUUGGCUAAAAAACUGUUUCAAAUCGAAGGUAUUAUACGCGUUUUUUUCGGCAAGGAUUUUAUCUCGGUUACAAAAAUCGAAGAUGAAGAUUGGGAUGCACUCAAUGCCGAGAUUUUUGCCACGAUGAUGGAUUUUUUUGCAUCUGGUGAAAAUGUCAUGUCGGAUGAGCCGAUUAUUACCGACACGACGAUUUUACCUGAUGACGAUGAAGUGGUGGCUAUGAUUAAGGAGCUUUUGGAGCAACGGAUUCGACCUUCAGUGCAGGACGAUGGUGGAGAUAUUUUUUACAAGGGCUUUGAUGAAAAAACGGGGAUGGUGAUGGUUCAGCUUGCAGGUUCAUGUGCAGGUUGUCCAAGUUCUUCUGUUACACUCAAGCAUGGCGUGGAGAAUAUGCUGAAGCAUUAUAUUCCAGAAGUACGUGGUAUUGAAGAGUGGGUAGACGAAGAGCUUAAUGCAGUGAGUGAGAAGGAGUUCCGGUCGCUUGAAGAAAAACUACGCUCCGUUGGUAUUCCUAGCGAGUAA